AUGCAAAGCAAAGAAGCUAAAGAGAAGGUUGACUUGGUAGUUGCGAAGUGGAUGAUUGAUGCUUCCAUCCCCUUCAAUGCUGCAAACUCUGCAUAUUAUCAAACAAUGUUUGAUGCUACUUGUUCUUUUGGAGCUGGUUACAAAGCGCCUAAUUUCUAUGACUUGUGUGGCUAUUUAUUGACAAAAAAUGUUAAGCAAGUUAAGAAUUUUGUUAAUAGCUUUCGUACAACUUGGAAAGAAACUGGAUGUACUAUUAUGGCUGAUGGAUGGACUGACCAACAAAGGAGAACUCUCAUCAACUUUCUAGUUUAUUGCCCUAGAGGAACUAUUUUUUUGAAAUCAGAUGAUGCCUCGGAUGCUUCUAAGACUGCAAAGAUGUUGUAUAAGCUGUUUAGAGAAGUGGUUUUAUUUGUUGGGGUGGAAAAUGUGGUACACUUCAUCACUGAUAAUGUUGCCAAUUAUGUUGCUACUGGAAGAUUAUUAGAAAGGGAAUUUCCAACACUUUAUUGGUCUCCAUGUGCUGCUCAUUGCCUAAAUUUGAUGUUGCAUGAUAUGGACAAGUUAGAUGAGAAAGAAUGUGCUGCAAUAGUUCAAUUAACUGAGCCUCUUGUUCGAGUUCUAAGAAUUGUUGAUAGUGAUGAAAGGCCAGCUAUGGGAUACUUAUGGGAUAGUCAGUUUCACAAAAAUCUUCAUGCUGCCGGUUAUUGGCUCAAUCCUGCUUAUCAAUAUAAUUCUCUUGAUUUGGAAAAGCACAGGCACGCAACAUCAGGACUUUUGGAUAUGAUUGAGAGAUAUUCUUAUGCAAAUGCUAAUUUGAUGAGUAAUUUGACCGGAGAGAUGAGAUUAUUUCGUAAGGCUGAAGGUGAUUUUGGUAGAGUUUCUGCUAUACGAGAUUGUGAUGUCAUGCUUCCAGAUGAAUGGUGGACAUGUUAUGGUAGCACUACACCUAAUUUGCAAAAACUAGCUAUACAUGUUCUAAGCCAAACUUGUAGUGCUUUUGGCAGUGAAAGGAAUUGGAGUUUAUUUGAGCAUAUCCACUCAAAGAAGAGAAAUAGAUUGGAGCAUCAAAAACUAAAUGAUUUGGUUUAUGUACACUACAAUUUAAGAUUACAACAAAGGUAA